AUGAUAUGUGCAUCUGAGAGUUAUAAUAGUGCCUUAACUAGUACUCGAGGGUAUACAACAGCUCAAGGUGUCCAAUCCUCAGAUACCAAUUGUCAUACAUUACACAAUGUGUUUACAUCUCCAAGUAGUGCCUCAAAUCAAUCUGUAGGAGGAUAUACAGCUGAACAAGAUGCCAAUGACCUUCCAGUCGGUGGGAACACCGUGUUCGGACCGUAUGCAAGAGAGGAGGCCAAUGCUACUUCGCUAAUUGAUUAA